GGUUUUGGAGUAUUGAUCCAUCCAGCCAAUAGUUUCAGCCAAAAUAUUUUACCACUGCAGUUUCUUGUUCACCCAUUCGCUGAUUCGAUGGGGAUAGAAAAUCCAAGGCGGGCCGAUUCCGAUUUCCGCGUUGACGUCACGUCAUUAAAAUCAUUAUUGUCAAAAUAUUACUGUGUAUUUAAAAAAAUUCAAUAAAUCGUAUCAAUAAAAAUGUCUUCAAUGCGCAUGAAGGCAGCCAGAUGCCCUUCCGAUGAGCUGGCUAUUACCAACUGUGCUCUCAUCAAUCCAGACGACUUUCCAAGUGAUGUGAAACACAUUGAAGUGGCUACAGGGCCGUCGCAGUGCUUUAUCUUCAGUGUUAGAUUUUAUAAUGGAGUGGACAGGGGUACUGUAGGCUUCUCUGCACCCCAAAGGAAAUGGGCAAUACUUUCUAUUGGACAGCCAAUAGAUGUGAAGCCCUUCAAGCCGCAAAAUGCGGAAUGCCUGUGCAGUAUCACAUUGGAAGCAGAUUUUAUGCUCAAGAAGACGACAUCCCUGGAGCCAUAUGACUCUGAGCAAAUGGCGCGCGAUUUCCUCAUUCAGUUCGCGAACCAGGUCUUCACAGUCGGUCAACAGCUGGCUUUCUCAUUCCAAGACAAGAAAGUGCUGUCUUUGAUUGUUAAGAACUUGGAAGCCGUGGAUGUACAAGCAUUGGCGGCAGGAGCAAACGCAGUACCUCGUCGAGUUAGAUUUGGUCGACUAUUGCCAGAUGCUUGUAUCCAGUUUGACAAAGCUGAAAGCUCCUCUCUCAAUCUUGUGGGCAAAGCUAAGGGCAAACAACCUCGCCAGUCCAUCAUCAAUCCAGAAUGGGACUUCGGCAAGAUGGGCAUUGGUGGCCUUGACAAUGAGUUCAACGCAAUCUUCCGCCGAGCCUUCGCCUCGCGCGUCUUCCCUCCCGAAGUCGUGGAGCAGCUGGGCUGCAAACACGUAAAAGGUAUUCUGUUAUAUGGCCCGCCCGGUACCGGUAAAACUCUGAUGGCUCGGCAGAUUGGAAACAUGUUGAAUGCAAGGGAGCCCAAAAUUGUAAACGGUCCACAGAUAUUGGACAAAUAUGUUGGCGAGAGCGAGGCCAAUAUCCGACGCCUGUUUGCGGAUGCUGAGGAAGAAGAGAAAAGGUGUGGACCGAACAGCGGUCUCCACAUAAUUAUCUUCGACGAAAUCGACGCCAUUUGCAAAGCUCGAGGCUCAGUUGGCGGCAACACGGGCGUCCACGACACUGUUGUAAACCAGCUGCUAUCAAAGAUUGAUGGUGUGGAUCAAUUGAACAACAUUCUAGUCAUUGGCAUGACAAACAGACGGGACAUGAUAGACGAGGCUUUACUGCGGCCUGGUCGCUUAGAAGUGCAGAUGGAAAUUGGUUUGCCUGAUGAGAAAGGACGAGUACAGAUCUUAAACAUCCAUACAAAACGUAUGAGGGAGUAUAAGAAGAUCGCUGAGGAUGUGGAUAACAAAGAACUAGCGACAUUAACAAAGAACUUUUCGGGCGCGGAACUCGAAGGUUUGGUCCGAGCGGCUCAAUCCACCGCCAUGAACAGGUUGAUUAAGGCUUCCAGCAAGGUGGAAGUGGAUCCAGAGGCCAUGGAGAAACUUAUGGUGGAACGAGGAGACUUCCUACACGCUCUCGAGAAUGACAUUAAACCGGCUUUCGGUACGGCAGCAGAAGCGUUGGAACAUUUCCUUGCGCGUGGUAUCAUCAACUGGGGUUCCCCAGUCACAUCUCUGUUGGAGGAUGGACAGCUUUAUAUACAACAGUCUCGUGCUACUGAAGCUAGUGGUCUAGUAUCAGUGCUGCUCGAGGGGCCGCCCAACAGUGGUAAGACGGCGCUGGCGGCACAGCUCGCCAAACUUUCGGACUUCCCAUUCGUCAAAGUGUGCUCGCCUGAAGAUAUGAUCGGCUUCACAGAGACCGCCAAAUGCUUGCAGAUUAGGAAGUAUUUCGACGACGCAUACCGUUCGACUCUGUCCUGCAUACUGGUGGACAACAUCGAGCGCCUGUUGGACUACGGCCCCAUCGGCCCGCGCUACUCCAACCUGACGCUGCAAGCCCUGCUCGUUUUGCUCAAGAAGCAACCGCCAAAGGGAAGGAAGCUCCUCAUCUUGUGCACUAGCAGUCGACGACAAGUGCUAGAUGACAUGGAAAUACUCUCAGCGUUCACUGGCGUACUUCACGUGCCGAAUCUCUCUCAACCCGAACACGUGAUGGCCGUUUUAGAGGAGAGCGACGCUUUCUCCAAGCGGGACUUGGCCAAGAUACAGAAGGACCUACGAGGAGCCAAGAUUUUCAUUGGCAUCAAAAAGCUACUGGCCCUGGUGGACAUGGUGAAACAGACAGACGAGGAGUCGAGAGUGUUCAAAUUUCUCACCAAGAUGCAGGAGGAGGGAGGCCUCGACCUCGGUACAACUAUACAAUAAGAGUUAU